UUGCCUCGCGCGUCUGUAGCGUGUAAUGCAUACGCAGCUUAUGGUUAUGGUUAUUGCUUAUUUAUCUAUGACUUUUAGUUUUGACUUAAACUUUGAAGGAAAAGUGCAAUGCGCAUUAGGAUCAAUAUACAAGGAUUCUCAGUUCAUUGAUUUAUAUUAAGAUGUAAUUCAGACUAAAAGACCUUCAGCUUUAAGCAGAUAAUAUACCGUCUACUACAAUAAAAAUGGGUCCUGGUUGUUUGUUCACGAAACCAAGAGUGAUUAUUUUUUUUAUUAUUUUAUUAAUGGUUGUUAGUGUUAUUUCUUUUUAUUUAAAUUACAUUCAAGAAAAUUAUGAAAAGGCACAGGUGUCUAAUGAUCGAUGUAUCACAGAAAUAAAUUGGCUGAAAAAUCAACUAAAAUUGGUUACGGAAUACAAAAACAAGAUUGACAAACUCUUAACUGAAACAGAGAAGAAACACAAGAUAGAUAAGGAACGCUUCAGAGAUAUAAUGGAAAGUUGUGUUGCUAUGAAGCAGCAAUCUAUUAUCUGUCAGACUCAAUUUGAAGAUCUUCAAAGCGAAUGUAAGAAAAUCAAAGAGGAAUAUGAUAAAGUAAAACACGAUAAUGUGGAAAAAAAUUAAGAAGAUCAUUAGUUAUGUUAUUUAAUAGAUUAAUUAUUUAUGAAAAAUUGUGUUGAUAUACUUAUUUCUAAGUAAAAUAAUAAGAAAUCUUUCAAGAGUCUAUCCUAGAAUCAAGUGUCACAACUUGUUUAUAUUGACUCUUUUUUUGUAUACAACUAUUUAAUUCAUACAUGACAACAUGUACGCACACUUAAGUCUUUAAUUAUAUAAGUAAUAUGGUUUUCAAAUAUGUAAUUGUUUAAGUAUAUGAGCUAUUGUAUACAUAUUAUAAUUAAAAAUAAAAACAGAUCAUAUUUAAAAUAAAAUGAUCACCAGUAGGAAUAUUUAACUACAAGUUGGUAUUUGUUAUUAAAUGGAUUCUUUGAGCUUUUCUCAAAUUAUAGUUGACAAGAAUAUCUUUUAUAAACCUAAAAAGAAAAACACUGCACUUGAUCAGUGCCAAAUUCACCGACAGACUAAGUAGGAGUUUAAUGGAAUUUUUUUUAAAUACGAUUGUGGUAGUAAGCCUCUGAUCAUACUGCUUAACUGGGUUUGGUAGUUGGUAUAAUACAUGAAAAGCAGUAAAGAAAAAUGUUUAGUUCAAAAUAAUCUAGUUUAUUAACUACUGAAAAACCUUUUAAAUUUGAAUCCUUAAGGAAACUUAACUAAUCAUUGAAAGUAUAUAACUUUCAAUUUGGUAAAUAGUUAAGUUAUCUGAGUAUAAAUAAAUAAUAUAAUAAUAAAAAAUCAAAAACUUAUUAUAAAGUAUUAAUUUGCUCAGCUGUUGAUUUACAAAUUUACUAUGAAUAUAAUGUUAAUAAAUGAGUUAUUAUUAAUU